GUUUUACAUUAUCUUUUACUUGAAUGUCCUCUGGAAAGAAGCCGAAACGCACCGGUGACCUGAAACGCGUGGUAGUCGUGUUUUGUCGCGUGUCGAGUGGCUGUGAAUGGCUUGUGUUGUUUACACUGCAAACAACUCUAGAACAAACAGCCUUAUUAGUGCAAGUCAUUAACUCACGAGGAGAACUAAAGAUGCGUUCGUACUGCGGAUGUGUUGGGUCCCAAAGUAAAACAGUGGUUAGUCGUGAGAACAAGGACUGAACUGAUGUGAUCUGCUGGCUGCUCCGCCUCCUCUACAGUAAUGCGUUGUCAAUAAAAAUGGGAGGCAGCGGAUCCAAAACCAAAGGAGUCUGGCCUUUUAGCAGCUCAGGAGCUGGAGGAGAUGUCCCCGGUGAGGUCAACGAGCAGUGUUUAGCACGCCUGCGAGGCUCCAAGAACGCUACACCGUUUGUCUUCACAAGGAGAAGUUCCUUGUAUUUUGAUGAAGAUGGAGAUCUGGCUCACGAAUUUUACGAGGAGACCGUGGUGACCAAGAAUGGCAGAAAGAAAGCUAAACUGAAGAGAAUUCAGAAAAACCUUAUACCUCAGGGAAUCAUUAAGUUGGAUCACCCACGAAUCCACGUCGACUUCCCUGUCAUCCUGUGCGAAAUAUAAGCGGGAAGCGUCAUGUCUCAAACGCACUAGACUUCCUUCCACCUUUCUUGUUCUUCUGAGGGGAUUCUGUUACGACAGAAAGGGUGUUCUGGCACCACACCUGCUUUGACCAAAAACACGAAUCAUGUUUUCUGAUGUGUGUUCUGGUGUGUAGACGGCAGACGUACGGCGUCUUGUCUUCCGUGACGUACGGUGAGGAGGUAUGGAGCCUGAAGCGGUGCAGGGAUUGUACAGAAAUCACUCGUGUUUGUGGAUGUCGAUCGACUGCAGUGUGCGCGUGUUUAUCGUCGUGUUGUAUGUUAUAAUAUUCUGUCGUAUCGAAGUCUGACUCUGUUGGGUCGCAACCCACAUCUGCACUUUUUUUCUCAUUUAUUGUACAGUAAAUUAUGAGUUGUUAUACUUGAAUAAAAGAGUUUAGCUGAUUACGCGGUAGUAAUUAUUUAAAAUAUAAAAAGACGGUCGCAUUUUACGUCCGUAAUGUUAAGGUGAAACUAAAUAUUCAAUGAGAAAAAGUAACGAAAAACAAACUGUUGACUGAAAUGUGUUAGCCUAGAAUAUUUUAAUGGAUAUUUAACACUCUUUAGCAAAUUUUAAAAUAAAUAUCUAUUUUUUUCAAACAGUACUUUGGGAUUUUAGUAUAGCUGAUAUAUUAUGCUAUUGCAGUUUUUCAUAUUUAAUUGGCUUUUAUUUUUAUAUUUUCUGUUUUCGUUUUAAUUUUAGUUACGGUUUUUGUUUGUGUUUUUGUAACUUAUUAUUUUGUUUAAUGUCUGUAUAGUAAACUAACUUACACUAAACAAAAUUAGACGUGUUGAGCUGAAAUAAAACGUUUUUAAAAAAUCGAAUUAAUUUUAUUUACAGUAAUAAUUUUUUGUGGUUUAGUUGCAACCCUCGAACGUUUUUAGCGUUGUGUUUUUUAUUUAUUUAAAAUAAAUAAGGAUGCAUUAUUAAUUAUAAAAAAAAAAUCAUGCACAUUGACGACAAUAAAAAUUAUUAUUAAUUCAUUAAAUAAUAUGGGAUUUAUCAGUUUUUGUCCCUGAGAUUUAAAGUAAUCAUCUUGUCAGAAUCUCACUAUUUGUGCUAAGCGAUGUAAUUGUAAUGCAAUAAAAUAUUUUUCUAAGAAUUUA